UUGAUUCUAAUUUUGCUAUUUGUGUUGGAGAGUUAUGUCGGAAACCAGAUUGUAAAUAAGAAACGACCUCAACUUGUUAUUUUCCUUGUUCCAGGGACAAAAAGUUUUAGUUUGCGCAUCAACAUCGCCUUCAGUCUCCCUUCCCUACACUUUGCGUGCCAUUUAAACACUGUAAGGAUUGUAAGUUCAUCACAAGCUAAAAGGCUGGGAAAAUAAUUACUGCGAAUUUCUCGCGUGUUUGCUCAAAGCGACUUUGAGACGACCACCCUUGAAACAAUUACAAUCUACAUCCGGCUGGACUGACCCGGGCAAGGGUUGGACUUUAAGCGCAGAUGGUUGUAUCUAUUAACUCAUCUGACGACAGCUAACUUCCUGCAAGCGCUGAUGUGUCGAGGGAAGACGACUUUUAUUCUUAUAAUACUUUAUCAGUUUUUGUCGAAGUCUUGAGCACAGGUUUCACUGUACGCGGCCAUUGUAUUGGCAUACAACGUUUCCCUGUUAGGUCCUCAACCGGAAUCGUUGCUGUCUUCACAACUGGGAUUGAUGUUAAGUCUUGUUCUGUGGAAUUCUUAAUGCUAAAUCUUAAAAAAUAUUGUCUUCCCAGUUAGAUACUGAAGUGUGUGUACUCCUUGUGAGACAAAGGUCCACACAAAAGGUAUAAUGUAGUAACGAAUACGGAUGGGAAGCAAGAACUACUCAAGUGAAUGAUAGAAGCUGCUUACUACACCGGAUGUACACAGGCUGGUAGAAAAAUUUUUCCAUCAUGCAGAAAUAUAAAAAAAUCCUCCUCUUGCUGCUUACUGCUUGGAUGCUACAGCCAGGAAAGUCCGAGAAUAGUUGCAACAAGCUUAAGUUCGUGAAUUUAACCGACCAGAAUAAAGUGAUUACAGCCGAAGAAGGAAUGAACUUCAGUGUAACAUUCUACAUCAGCGCCGGCGUCUGCAACAAGAACAAUGAAACACUCGUGGUUGCGGUGUCAAAGGUUGACAAUAAUUACAUUGUUCCUGUCUGCAAGAUUCCAUUCUACGCAAACCACACUUGCGAAGUUUCGCACUCGUCUGAACAAUGCAGUUGUGUGAACGCCAGUCAAGCUCGGUUUCAAGUGCAGGCAUCGCAGUCGGUGGCUGGUGUGUACAUCUGGUCUGUGGGUGAUGCCACGACACGAAACGUCAGGGAUGUCAACAUAACCUUUCGUAUUUCGAGUGUGAUACCUGAAGUGCCUGGAUCAUCAGCAGGAAACAAUUGGCUCGUAAAGGCCGCCAUCAUAGGAAGUCCUGUGACCUUCAUCCUGUUGACGUCUGCUGCAGUUGCGUGCAUCGCAAGGCGACAACGACGACGGCGAGGAGGAGAUGACGAUUGUGGUGCUGAUGCCUCGAAUCCUUCAGACUUCGAUAACUGUCCUGUUCACGGGCACCCUGAGUGGUCAGGGGACUUCCAAAUCGUACGGGAGGAAAAUACUUACGACGACAUCAUGUCCAACACGUCACACCACGUCUAUUCUGGAGAUAAUCGACAGUCUGAGCUCCCAGUAACCUACCUGGAGCCUGUCUAUCAAAAGAACUGCAAAAGGGAACUGGGGAUUCCUGCUGGAGCUGUCUAUCUUAAGCGAUAAGCAAUCUCCAAGGAUUAUUAUUAUAUUACCUCUAGAAAUGACCCUGUAAAUAUUUGACCCCAGUAAACAGCUGGAAGCAGCACAAGCCAGGAGGAGAAAAUUGCUGACCAAAGAAUUGGCAAGACAGGAAAAAAUGGACGUUGCCGUUCGUCCACAAGGGGCAGCGCCAUUUGUCUACAACGUCUGUCUCUAGAGGCGGUAUUUAUGUUUUGGACAUUCGCAGAAAAUUGGUGCUUUGUGUGGAUUUAACGAACGUCACUCUCCAGUGAGUGCUGCUGAAAUUAUCGCGAGUGCAGUGGAACAUCAGUCUCCAAGGACUGUAGAUAACAGGACCAGUAGUACAAUCUGAAGUGUGACCAUGUGCAGAACUAUAUAUCUUAGUAUUCUUCUAUCUGACAAUGAAAAUGAAAAGAGGAGAUGUUCUUUUUAAGACUGUGUAUACUUGAGGUGUUGUUAUUUGCAAAGAGUAACUUGUUGGGAUAUAUGUUAAUUGAGUUAUUGUUCCUUUCUAUUUGAAUCCCGUAGGACUUUUCGUAUCACUCCUUCAGCAAUUUUUUUUAUAAUUUAAUUUAGACAUUACCUACAAGAUGUAGAGUUAGUUGGCUUGUUUGUAACGGAAAAGAACGUGGUAAAGUCUGGGUUACUUGCGUGAUUGUUGAGAGCACGUCAUGCACAUACAUCAUAGCAAUAAUUUUGACACGAAAUCAAGAAAACAUUUUUUAAACUAUUAAAUGUGUUCUUCACGAAUCCUUCAGUGUUUCCUU